AUGAGAUUGCUUGCAUCAGGAAAGCUGCUAGAGCGAGGCAAAUUCAAGGCAAAUGGAAAGAAGCUCUCCCUCGUCCAUGCUUAUACGCCUGCAAGGUCACGAUUUGAGCAUGAUGAGACGUAUGAGUUGGACUAUCUCCUAUCUGGAUUUGCAGACCUCAAGUGCGAGCCUCUGAGAGAAGUUGCAUAUGAGGACACGGGUCUAUUGGGAGAUGUCCAAUUUCGUAUCUUUCUAGAUGCUCCAACGGGUGUGGUUAACGAUGUUCGCAAUAUUGGAACUGACAUCUUUGGAGUCAGUCUAAAGAAGCUAACCGACGCCCAAACAAAAGAACGGCCUAGCUAG